GCUCGGUGUUCGAUCCAGGGAGUUUGUGGCUCCGGAGGGGGAACUCUGGAGAUACGAUGAGUGGGACGACAGAGACCGCGUCGACGGCGAUCACCAGGACAAAGGACCGAAGCUGGUUCAGGAGCUGAGCGGGGCUGCAAAGAGAUAUGUCGCGGGGCAACCUGCGGGCUGGGUCGCCUAUCGUGGGGGCGUGGAGCGGCUCAUGACCUAUCUCAGACAGGCCCUAGGCAAGCCAAGAGUGAACGAGGUGACGGACCUGCUGGCGACGUACUUCAAAGGGACGAGGCGGAAGAGCGGCGAGAGUAUGAAUGAGUACAUCACUAGGAAAAGUGAAGCUUACAUGCGGGCCAACCAGGCCAUGAAGAGAGUGCAGCCACACUACGAGACCGGGGCUCCGAGGCCCGCUGCCUCUCCAUGGGGCGCCGAGCGGCGCCACAGCGGCGACUACUACAGCUACGGGUGGGGACGUCAGUGGACACCCGCCACCGAGACCGACGACCAGACCACUGGCCUUGCGGAAGACGAGGCCACCCAUGACGGGUCCACACGGGCCACCGACGAAGCAGGUGAAUCCGAGGAUCAACAAUGGCGCCAUGCCUGGCGUCCGACCGGAGGCUACACCGGGAGCUGGAACUGGAACUCCUCUUGGUAUGGAUCAGGGGGGAACUGGAACUGGUCAUCCUCGAGCUCUACGGCGACUUCGGAAGAUUCCACCCAGAGGGCUGUUGAGGUCCUCCCAGCCUUCAUUCAGGGGUGGUACCUGCUCAUGGACGCCAAUUUGGACCAUGGGGAACGGAACUUGGUGGUGACGGCCUUGAACGGGAACUUCAGCCCUCAGCGAGUCGGCCAGGAGCUGAGGAACCAAUUCCCAGAAGGGGAAACACGACGGCGGGAUAGCCGCCGAUUCCAGAGCUACCUCGGUGAAGCCGAGGACUACAUCCCCGACGAUGCCGAGUUGAUUGAGGGCGGCUACGACGUGGCAGACCUGGAGGCCGAUGGGUGGGACCACGAGGAGAUCGCGCUCAUUGCGGAGGCGGAGAACCAAGCCCAGGAGGCCAUGGCGGUCAUGAACGAGGCCCGGCGCACCUUGAAAGAAGCUCGGCACAAGCAGAAGGUCGUGAAGCAGAACCGGAAAUACUAUGGGAACUCGGGGAACCGAGGGCCUUCCAGCUUCCCGAGCCGAGUGCGCGACGACUCCAAUCUGGAUUGUCUCAGGUGCGGACAACGUGGCCACCGGGCAGCAAACUGCCCCCAGAAGCCUUUGGGCACCGCCGCCCAGACGGACGUGGGAACCGCGAGCGGCAGCUCGCAGCAGGCGCCUUUCGUCUGCAUGGCCGAGGCGACCGUGGACCAGGACCUGAGCCAGAUCUACAAGGAGAACUCGGGCAACUACGUGCAAGCAGCUUUGAGCGCGGGCAUAAACCAGGAUGCCCUCACCACCCAGGAAGCAGUACGACGCGGCAUGUGCGUCAUCGACGGCGGCGCCACCCAAACCAUUGGGAGCAUCGAGGCGCUUGAGGCAGUGCUAGAGCAGAACCGGCGCCGGCAUGGAGCAUCUCGCCUGAGGGGCAUCAAUUCUGAGAAUCCGCCAGUUUUUUCCUUCGGAAACAGCACCGAGAAUCGGCGCUGUAGCACAGCGAAGAUCGAGGUGUCGGCAAACGGCAAGCCUGGAGAAAUCCAGGUUCACACCUUGGAUCAAGGGCAAAGCCCAAUUUUGCUUAGCGUGGAAGCUUUGCGGCGGCUUGGGGCUAUCAUAGACUUCCGAGAGGACUUUCUUCUUAUCUUCGAGGCUAGGGACAGCUCCUUCCUGAUUCUGACCCUGACGGGAAAAGAUCUCAUGUCGGUUUGUGACAAAGCCUACAGUGAGGGAAGGAACAACCCAGCCGAGAUGGCAGCAAUCCCGGCUCACUUUGUAGUGCCCCUUGUUUACCUGUUCGCACUCCUCGCCAUGGACUCCAUGAACAAGGCCAGUUUGAUCUUGCGUCUGCGCUCCUACGGGGAGGAGCCUCCCGAGACGUGGUCGAAGCUGGAACUGAAGCAACGGCUUCAGGAUCUCAUCGAGAGUGGCGAGAUCCCCGCCAUCAAGAAUGUGAAGGAGAAGACCGCUUUGCAGAAGGCGGUAACGGAGCUCAACAAGCAGGGCAAGAAGGCGGACCUGAUCCGCUAUGUGGCUUCGGAGUACAACAUCGAGGCCACCCCGAACGACACCAUCGGCACGAUUCAGCGCAAGGCGAUGAAUGUGAUCCUGGCGACGACAACGCCGAAUGGGGGCGACCUCAUGGGGUUCGGCAAGUUUGCUGCCAAGACCUACCGCGAGGUUCUGGACGAGGAGCCCAAGUACGUGGAAUGGGCUCGCCAGACCGAGAUGGAGGGCGAGUGCAGCGUCUAUCUACGUCGGUUCAUCCGCUGGGUGAAGCUACACGCCGAGCAGGAGACGAACGAGAAGAUGGUGGCGGUGGCAAAGGCGAAACAGGGGGCCCGAGCGGCGCCAAAGCGCACAGCGGCCACUACCAAGGGCUACCCGAAGAUCAGUGCCCCAGUGGAGGCAGCAAGCGGCAGCAACGAUGCGGCUGUAGCGGCACUGACCAACGUUGUGGCCCAGCUGGUCCAGGAAGUCCAGACGAUGAAAGAGGAGCGUGCCGAGAAGCCCCGGAAGGUGCUGGCCAAGCCGGACAUGGAGAUGGAGGCGCCGAACCAGGAUGUGGUUCCGAACAUGUUUGAGAGCCUUGUGAGCCAGCAGCGUCUUGAUCUUCUGGAAGUCAUGUGCGAGCCUGACAGCCUGCUGACCAAAACCUUCCAGAGCAGGCAUGUUUGGAUAGCCCCUCCCUGUGGACCUUUCUCGCCCUUGCAAAGCAUCAAUCAACGCACUCCUAGCCAAAUCCAAGACCUGAAGGCUAAGAGAGCCAAUGCCUUGCGGAUCUAUGAGAGUACGCUGGAAAUAGUCAAGGUGUGCAUUCAGCUGGGGGUGCAUGUUACGGUGGAACUUGCGGAAAGGACCCAGACAGAAGAGACCGAGGAGAGCUACAUUAGCACCCUCGAAGCCAAACACCUCGAAGCCAAAGCUAAGGUUCGAAACAUCCUCGAAGAACAUCCCCUGCAGAACACCGGCCACUCCCGAAGAGACCAAAACCAGUCAUCCGAUUACAAUCUUUUCGGCGUGUAUGCGCACGGAAACCACUAUGGCCUUACCAACCGCACCCGCGAUCUCCCCGAACUGACGAACGGCAAUGGGGAUACCAUUGAGGGAUGUGAAUAUGACAUCAAGCUGAAACCUGUGGUCUUCUCCCCAAAGUCAUGGCAUGGAUCCUGUGCGUGGCAUGGCGAUCGUUGGGUGGUGACGGUGUUUGUGAGUAGGGGUUUCGAGCAUGUGGGUGAUGAUGAGGUGACCCGACUUCGGUCUUUGGGCUUCCCCACUCCCGAGAGAACCCAACAGGCCUACCCUGCGGUGCAACGUAAGAUCUCUCAGAAGCAGAGGGAUCCGGAUGAAGUUAUCAAGAAACAGUUGUAUCUUCUGCAUUGCGCCACGGGCCAUAGCCCACCAAAACACAUGGUUCAAGCCUUGAAGCGGAGGGGUGCGGACGAACGAACUCUGAAGUUGGCCGAGGAUUUCAAGUGUUCUGUGUGUCAGGAGAAGCGUAGGCCUCAGACUAGGAAUCUCGCGACCCUGGAGCCCCUUCCUCCCAAGCUUUCUACCAUUUGCGCGGACAUAGGGCACUGGGUUCAUCCCCAUACUGAGGAGAGUGUGUAUUUUAUGCUCAUCAUCGAUGAAGGCUCGAGGUACCGCACUGCCCGCAUCAUAUCUAGAGGACCCCGGCAGGCUCCUAAUGCCCAACAGUGCCUCCACUAUCUUCAGGAAGGCUGGGUCCAGUACUUCGGCUACCCGAGAUGUUUGAGGCUCGACCCGGCAGGGGCUUUCCGUAGCCAAGCAGUAGAAGACUGGUGCGAUCGUCACAGUGUGUUCCUGGACAUCAUUCCAGGAGAGGCACACUGGAAGAUAGGAGCCUGUGAGAAUGCUGUUCAUGGCGUCAAGGAGAUCAUGCAGAAACUGUGUCUGCAUGACACAGAUCUGACAACUGAGGAGGCAUUGUCCGAAGCAACUGCGUGUUUCAAUCAGAAGGAACUGAUUAGAGGUUUUUCACCGGCCCAGCACGUGCUGGGACAGGCACCAGACGAGACUGGACGCUUCCUUACAGGGUGCAAGCAGCUUCCGCCCGACCUGUUGUGUGAAAACAGCGCAGGGGAGUUUGAGCGCGCCGUCAAGCGGCGCAGUGAGGCUGAGAAAGCUUUGUGUGAAUGGCAGGCGCAGCAGAGACUUCAGAGGGCGAAGCACUCACGGCACAGGCCGUGCUACGACUACCAGCCGGGAGAGCUAGUGUUUUACUGGAGGUGCCAAGACGCUCAGAAGGGGCGGCGCCAACCAGGUGGCAAGCACGGCCGUUUCCUGGGACCAGCCAGGAUCCUCGCGACGGAGUCACGGCGCGACGAAGGAGGCAACCUCAGACCAGGGGGCUCUGUGUGGCUGGUGAAAGGCCGGAGCCUCCUAAAGUGCAGUCCGGAGCAACUGCGCCGCGCGUCAGACCGCGAAGAGCUGCUCGAAGCUAUGGCGGCUCCUCAUGAACAGCAGGCCCCCUGGACCUACCACAUGGUGGCAGAGCAGAUCGGGGGAAACCGCUACGAGGAUAUCUCUUCAGAGAUCCCCCAGGUGGAGGAGUGGCAGAGAGCGCAGAGGCCUGAGGACGAAGUGCAACCAAGCCGUUUCCAACGAGAGCGACAACCAGCCGCAGGACGAGCUACAGAGGACGUGGACAUGGAGCAGGACGCAAACGCCCAGGCCCCAACCACACAUCGGGAGCGAUCCCGAAGCAGGGGGCCAAGGACAGCGGCCACUUCUUCUACGCCUCCCGCAACAGCCUGGUGGUCCGACGUGAAGGACCCCCAGUGGCCGUUAGAGCAGAGCGCGUAUUGGAAUGAUACUCAGGCAGCCGUGGAGAUCGAGAUUGACCUCCCCGAGAGCAAGCGAGGACUCAACAAAGUCUGGAACAACUUGAGUGCGCAUUUCGUUGGAAGCUUGAAGCGGAGGGCCGUGGAACUGUCAGAGCGGCGCAUGACGCCGCAAGAACUGGAGGCCUUUCGCGGGGCGAAAGCCAUCGAGGUCAAAAAUUUUGUGGCCUCGCAAGCCUUCGAAAUCCUUCCCGAUCACCUCAAACCUGACAAAGGCCAAGCUAUCAACAUGAGGUGGAUUCUCACUUGGAAGCUACGUGAAGACGGAAGCAGGAAGCCAAAAGCCAGAGCAGUGCUUCUUGGCUACCAAGAUGGGAGCUACGAACACCGAUCGACUACUUCUCCAGUGAUGACCAAGCAGACCAGACAACUCCUAUUGCAAAUGUCAGCAUGGAAAGGCUGGCGUGUGCGAAAAGGAGAUGUGACUGGGGCUUUCUUGCAGAGCAGAGCUUACCCGGACAAGCUAUAUUGCAUUCCUUGCCCUGAGAUCUGUGAAGCGCUCGGCAUUCCUGCCGGGAGCGUGACACGGGUCCAGAAAGCUUGCUAUGGCUUGGUGGAUGCUCCUUUGGAGUGGUACAGAUCAGUGGACACCUUUUUGCAGCAGCUUGGUUUCGAGCGUUUGUGGUCGGACUCAUGUUGCUGGGCUCUUCGGGCCAACGGAGAGCUUCGCGGGCUCAUCAGCGGCCAUGUGGACGAUUUUCUCUUUGGGGGAAAAGAAGGGGAUUCCUUGUGGGAAGAGAAGCUUAAGGCCAUUAAGGACCAUUUCAAAUGGAGUGAUUGGGAGGAAGGGAAGUUCACGCAGUGUGGGGUGGUGGUUGAACAGUCUGACACUGGGUUUGAGCUGUCUCAACCGAACUACUUGGACAACAUUCACGAGAUUGGCAUUAAUGCUACCCGUAGGAAAAACCGAGAAGACCCCACGAGCGAGAGAGAGCGAACCCAAUUACGCGCCUUGCUAGGAGGAUUGAGUUGGCAUGCCCAGCAGGUCGCCCCUUACCUUGCGGCGGAAGUAGGGUUGCUUCUAACCGAGGUAACCCGAAGCACGGUGGACACCAUGGUGCGGACCAACAUGCUCCUGGCCCACGCAAAGCAGAAGCAGUCCUACAGGAUGAAAAUCCACAGCUUCACUCCCGAGACCCAGAUCAUGUUUGUGGCGUGGGUCGACGCGGCCAACGGCAACAGGAUCAAUGGCGGGUCCACUCAGGGCAUCUUCGUGGGAGCUACUCCGACGAACAUCAUGCAAGGAGAUGUGUGUGAUGUAAGUCCCGUGCUAUGGCACAGCCAGAAGAUCGACCGGGCUUGCCGCUCACCCGGAGCGGCGGAGUCCCAAGCUGCAGUCAACGGCGAGGACGAUCUGUUCUCCACAAGAUUCCAGUGGAGCGAAAUGCUACACGGCAGGCCAAACCUUCACAAUCCUGAGGAGACGGUCAAGAUGGUGAAGGGAUGCGUGGUGACGGACAGCAGAAACGUCUACGACAAGUUGGAAACGGAGGUCCUGGUGAUUAAAGGAUCAGAGAAGAGGACCAGCAUUGAAUUGCUGGCCUUGAAGGAGGCCCAGUCCCGGACGGGUGUGCAAAUGCGCUGGGUCCAUAGCGAGGCUCAGCUCGCAAACUCUUUGACAAAGAGCAACGGACACCGCGAGUACGACCUCUACUACCGUAUGGGUCACAAAUGGCGAUUGGUGGAGGAUGAAUCUAUGAUGUCGGCACGGCGGAGGAAGGAACUAGGAUUACAACCUUUGGAGCAACCGGCUAAGAAAUCUGAAACUAGUGUGAUUGAUGAGGGGUGUGAUCAUCAGUCGGCAGAGCCGAAGAGCUCUACAAAUCUUCUCCAGAAGGAGAGGGGGGCAUGA